UGUGGGACCUUGCUGUCGUCAAAGAUCAGAGACAUACCCACAGGGGAGACUACCUCCCAAGGGAGGGAGCCAGGAAAUUCACAGCUCCAUGUAGCCCCACGGGUGUUAUUCUAGAAGGAUCACCAUGAAGAAGGUCAAAAAGAAAAAGUGUGAUUCCAGGCGCCGCAGGAAUUCCAUUUCACCGCAGACUAGCUCCUCUCCUCCCAGCUCAGAAACCCCGCCGUCAUGUCCAGAGGCCGCCUUGCCACCACCGCAGCCGCAGCCUUGCCAGGUUCCCAUCCCACCACACCAAGUUAACCCUGAGCCUAAAUCGCAGCCUACACCACAGCUUCUCCCGCCUCCAGAAAAACGUGUCUCAUCUCCGUGCCUGGUACACACGGAGCCUAAACCAACUUCUCCAUGCAGGAAAGCAGCGCCUCUGACCUAUGUGACCCCAGUCUCCUGCUCCUGUGUGGCCUGCCCUGGCAGCUCCGCUUGCUGGCGUCGUCUGGGGCUUUGUCAUAGCCGAAUCUUUGAUGUCCUUCUGCCUCGGGACUGGUCAACCAUGCCAGGGAGAGGAUUCCCAAACCUCCUCACCUUCUACAGAAAACCUUCAAGGAAAUACUGCACUCCCCGUAACCCUCGUCCUUCAAGCUCUCGGAACUGUUGCUGUGGCUCUGGGAGCCCUGGGAGCUGCCUACUUCAUGGCUGAAUCCUUGUGAAUUAGACCCCAGGCCCACGGUCCGGCAGCGUUUUCCUGCCUGUAUGCUACGCAUACUUUUUUGGAAUGUGUGUGAUCUCUCCCACUGCUCAUUUAUAUUACAUCAUCUCUGAAUAUGAAGAUGUUUUCAGUCACCACUCCUGUCUCAUCUGAAUCCAAACAAGGACGGGGUGGGUGCACCAGAUACCUUGGAGGGAGUACUCUCAGGAGAAAGCAGGGCUAAGUGGGAGGCAAGAGCAAGAGGGAAAGGAGCAAGGGAAGGCUUCA